AUGGGUAAUAGCAUGGGGGGGAAAUGCUCGACAAUGACAUGCGCAGAAUGCGCCGGAAAGCACAAGAAGUGUAAGACGACGACAAUGGGACGGUGGGUGAGGCUUCAGACAAGCGGACGACCGCCCUCACCGCGCUCCGGCCACGACGUUGCGGUAAUAGGAAACAAGGCCUACCUCUUCGGAGGGUGCGGGGGAGACGAGGACCAGAUCACGUGUCUCAACGACAUGUAUGUCUUCGACCUGCAGCUGCACCGCUGGGAGCGAGCGGUCCCGAAGGGCGACUCUAUCCACGCCCGCGCGUCCUUCGGCAUGUGCCAGGGCCCUACCCCCGGCACGGUCAUCGUCGCCGGGGGGACGGGGGUCGAGAUGGACAGCUUGAGGGCGGACGUUGUGGAGUACAACACUCGGACGCGCACGUGGACGAGCGUCCUGACGGACUCGGAGGAGACCCCGUGCAAGUUCUACGGCCAGAGUGUGUGCACCUACGGGGACAACCUGCUCCUGUUCGGCGGGUCGACCGGGCUGCACUACUCGAACGACCUCUUCGAGUACAACGUGUGCAGCAACCGCUGGAGGAAGCUGACCACCACGGGGAGGAAGCCUUCCCCCAGGUACAAGCACCAGGCCGUCGCCGUCGGCGACAAGAUGUACGUCAUCGGCGGGGGCUGCUUCAAGCCCGAGCAGAGCAGCAUCGACCUCUACUGCUUGGACCUCAAGACCCUGGUGUGGGAGAUGGACGAGACGGAGAUGAAGGGAGACCUCCCGAAGGCGCGAGUGGCCCACAGCUGCAGCUUCGACCCGGUUGGCGGGGACAUCUACCUGUGGGGAGGCUUCACGGGCGAGCUCAGCCGACUCGCGGACUUUUACGUGUACAACUGCAAGUCCGCGUGCUGGAGGCGUCUGGUGAUGGAAGGGGGCGACGCCAGCCCACCCGCCCGGGCCUUUCACUCUGCGGUGUUCCAUGACGGGGCGUUGUAUCUGUUCAGCGGCGCGAACGGCGACAUCCGCUACAACGACGUGUGGCGGUAUCAGGUGAGGGGAUCUCCGCCCAGCCUGGCGGUACUGGCGUCCAAGGUCCUCCUCGAGGAGUCUGGCCUCAACACCAACCUCGAGCUGAAGUUCAAGAACAAGGUGCCCGACGAGGUGAUCGAGGGCGUCAAGCACAUGAACGAGUACGCGGAGUGCAUGUGA